GGCGGCGGCCCCGGCGCGGAGUCCCCGGCGGUGCCGCGCUCCGCCCGGGCCGGGCCCGCAGCCGGCGCAGCAUGCCGGGGCUGCCCGACCCGCGACACCGCCGCUGCCCCCCGCCACACCGCCCCGCGGCCCUGCCUCUGCCUCCUCCGCGCCGCCGCGCCCCGGCGGGGACGUGAGCGCAGCUCGCCCACCCGCGCGGCCCCGGGGCUGCCCGCCAUGGAGGCUCCCUAUGAUGGCGCUGAAGUGACUGUGGUGAUGGAGGAGAUAGAGAGCACUUACACUUAUGCAUCACCAGUGCCAUGCAAGAAGAAGAAGAAACAUAAAAGUGCUGGUGAUCAUGGAGAAAAAGCCAAGAAGCCUCGAUCUGCUUACCUUCUCUACUAUUAUGACAUUUACUUGAAAGUCCAGCAAGAGCUCCCGCACCUCCCUCAGUCUGAAAUCAACAAAAAGAUCAGUGAGAGCUGGAGGCUGCUCAGUGUGGCUGAAAAAAGCUAUUACUUGGAGAAAGCCAAGCUAGAGAAAGAGGGAUUGGACCCGAACUCCAGGGCGUCCACGCGAACAGCAGUAGUCCCAGACAUUCCAGGCUUCCGCAAGAUUCUCCCUCGCUCUGACUAUAUAAUUAUUCCCAAAACCACUCUUCAGGAGGACAGGAGCAGGCAGUCAGUGGAACUAUGUGUGGCACAGAGCCCAGCAGCCCCCGAGGGGUUAACAGCUCCCAGGAACAUCUCCGGUGUGUCCCGUGAGGCCGUGCAGAACAUCCUCUCCGUGGACUCGGGCCAGGCCGGUGUCUCGGAGCAGUGCAUUGCCAUUGAGGGGCUGGCAGAGGAGGCUGCAGCCUUUGCCCAGCCCGAGCCUGCUGAGGAAGCCGUUGCCUCGGAGGUUCUCUCUCACUACGUUGGCCCUGUGACAGAAAAAGUGGCUGGAGAUAUCCUCUUAGAUGAGGCUUCUUUGGAAAUAGAAGGACAGCCGUAUCAGACGGCCCGGGUGGUUAUUGAGGAGACUCUUGUUAGCAACUCCACGGACAUCUCCAAUGGGAGCAUCGCUGUGGCCCGUCCCCAGGUGCCCGAUGGGGUGUCUGUGGUGACCGUGGUGACAGGGAGGGAUACUGAAGAGAAUAGCUCCUCCACACCUGCAACACAGUUCAUCAUGUUACCUUUGCCAGCUCAUUCUGUUGUGGAGAACCCAGCAUCAAUUAAAUUGACAACCACCUAUACUCGCAGGGGACAUGGAAAUUGCACCAAUCCUGGCUGUUCCUUCACUUAUGUCACCAGGCAUAAGCCACCAAAAUGCCCAACAUGUGGGAACUUCCUGGGAGGCAAAUGGAUCCCAAAGGAAAAGCAACCAAAAACCAAAUCUGAGCCAAAUUCAGGCACCUCUCUUAAAACUCCAGCAGCUAAAAGAGGUCAGCAGUCAGUCCUCACGGAGCCAACAGCCGUCAGCGAGAGUCCCUCCAAGUGUGCCUUGGAGAGCUCUGAAGCCGUCAGCCAGCUGCUGAACGCUGUGCCCACGGGAGGGCAGAUGCCAGAGAUGGAGUGGGAGGAAGUGAUCAUCUCUGAGGCUCACUUUCUUCCAAACAACGUGCUUGCUGAAGACAGGCAGGGUGCUGUUGGAGUGGUGCUGGGUCAGGAGAGCCAGCGGCAAGGAGAUGCUUCCUCGGAGCAGGCGGAGAAGGAGAGCGCGGGGCUGGGGGUGCCACCAUCCUCUGAGGUGCCAAGUGCAGGUGUGAAAAAGCCAGUGGGAAUUGAUGCACCAACUGCUACACACAAAGGACAAGAAGUAAAGAGUAAACCAAGACCCAAGCCCUCCUUGCUGGCUGCAGCCAGACCCAUGAGAGCCAUUCUGCCUGCACCAGCCAGCGUGGGGAGAGAGGCCAGCACUGAGCAGCUGAGCAGCAGGCAGGCCUUUGCCAGUACUGACAAGCAUUCCCCUGUGAGAACAUCAGGCUUGAAGCCCAGUACACUGAAACAAUUGGGCCAGUCAGUUCUGCAGCCACCAAGUGCUGACGAGCGAAAGCUCCACAGUGCUGUGGCCAGCAGGGCAUCUCAGGUUAAAGUAGUGGAGGUCAAACCGGACAUAUUCCCUUCCUGCAAGUACAGCUGCACCGUAACUUUGGAUUUGGGAUUGGCAACAUCACGUGGCAGAGGAAAAUGCAAGAACCCCUCUUGCAGUUACGUGUAUACAAACAGGCACAAGCCACGUAUCUGUCCAAGCUGUGGAUACAACCUUGCCAAAGACAGGACUGAGAAAACAGCAAAAUCCCUGGAGGUCAGCCCAGGUCAGAAUGACGUGCUGAACACCAGCAAGCCCCUAACUCCAUCCCAAAAAGAGAUCCAGCGCCAGUCCACCCUGCAGCUGCUGCGCAAGGUGAUGCAGAUCCCCGAGAAUGAGUCGGAGCUGGCCGAGAUCUUCACGCUCAUCCACGAGCUCAACAGCUCGCGGCUCAUCCUGUCCAACGUGAGCGAGGAGACAGUCACCAUCGAGCAGACAUCCUGGUCAAACUACUACGAGUCUCCAUCUGCACAGUGCCUCCUCUGUAACAGCCCCUUGUUCAAAGGGGGACAGAAUUCCCUUGCUGGUCCUCAGGAGUGCUGGCUGCUGACAGCUAACCGCUUGCAGGUGGUUACAGCUCAGGUCAAAGUGUGCUUGAACCUGCAGUGUCUGGCCCUCCACAGCUUCACUGAUAUUUACACAGGCCUUUUUAAUGUGGGCAACAAGUUGCUAGUGAGCUUGGAUCUUCUGUUUGCAAUCCGAAACCACAUUAAACUUGGAGAGGAUCCCAGAGUGGCCAUUUCCAAUAUUCUCGACUCUGUUCAGGAGCAAACUGAAAAAAAACUGAGCCCUGAUGAGCAGGUUCAGCUCCAGGAACUGCUGUGCAAUGGCUACUGGGCCUUUGAAUGUCUUACGGUCCGGGAUUACAAUGAUAUGAUCUGUGGAAUCUGUGGCAUAACCCCUAAGGUGGAAAUAGCCCAGAGGAAUGUGGAAAAUGUCCUGGCACUGAAAAACAUAGAGUUUACUUGGCCAGAAUACUUGCCAUCAAGUGAAGUGAAUGUAGAAGACUUCUGGUCCACGAUGGAGACGGAGGUGAUUGAGCAGGUGGCUUUUCCUUCUAGCAUCCCCAUCACAAAGUUUGAUGCCUCUAUUGUUGCUCCUUUCUUCCCUCCACUAAUGAGAGGAGCAGUGGUGAUCAAUACAGAGAAGGACAAGAACCUGGAUGCACAGCCAGUGCCAGGUAAUGGGAGUGCCUUGGUGAGGCUCCUUCAGGAUGAAGUCUUCAGGCCUGAGCUGAUAAACUCUUACAGUGAGGAAGAGCUGCAGAGCUUUCUGACACAGUGUGGCAUCCCCUGGGAGGCUUCAAAUACAAAGGACCAACUCUGCUACUCCCUCCUUGCUCUCUAUGAGUUUGUACAGAAUGGGACAAGCAUCACACCACCCUCUGCUCAUCACACAGGAGGGAAAAUCUACAAAAUGUGUCCACAUCAGGUGGUGUGUGGCUCAAAGUACAUAGUAAGAGGAGAAAGUGCCCGGGAUCAUGUGGACUUGCUGGUUUCCUCACGUCACUGGCCUCCAGUGUAUGUUGUUGAUACAGCCUCUUCAGUGGCACUGUGUGCAGACCUCUGCUGGCCUGGCCUGACUUCCCAGAUGUGGGGGAAAAACCAGGGCUGCUUCUCUGACCCCAUGGAUCCUCCAACGUACGUGUCCUGCCCUGAGCUGCUAGACCAGCACUACAGCGUGGACAUGACGGUGGCUGAGCACUCCGUUCAGCACCCCAUCACCAAGUCGUCGGCACGUCGCAUCGUUCACAUGGGGUCGGAGCAGAACAGUUCCCGGGAUCCCACGGCGCGGCAUCACUGCAUCUCCCUGUGCCGGGAGCUGGAGCCUUACGGCACCAUCAUCGCCGCCAUCAACGACAGCAAAACGAGCAACAUCCGCCAAAGGCCCAUCACCUUCGAGAACCCCACGCACUAUUACCUCUACAACCGCCUCAUGGACUUCCUGACCAGCAGGGAAAUCGUGAACCGGCAGAUCCAGGAGGUGGUGCAGAGCUGCCAGCCGGGGGAGGUGGUGAUCCGCGACGCGCUCUACCGGCUCGGGGUGGCCCAGAUCAAAACUGAGACGGAAGAGGAUGAAGAGGGGAAGCAGGAGGAUGAUAGAGGUUGCUGAAUAACAAAACGGCCUGUUGGUUUCUCCCUCUGGUCGCGUGGAUGGGUGGGCUGAGCCAGCUUCUGCAGCUGUCUGGCUUGAGAGUUUAUUUUUACAGGUUGGAGAUGUGACGCCGGUGGCUUUGACUGCUGUUACUGACCAAAGAGCUCUGUGCUUCCGUAGUGUUGUGAUGGCUGCUGUGAGUGUGGGUCUGUCACCCCCCUUGCUGAGGGCUGCAACCGCCUCUGAGGCGUGGGAUGGACCUGCUGUUCAGGGGUGUGGGAUGCUGCCCUCCCUGCAGCUGGAGGAGGGAGAGGUGUUGCUGGUAGCAGGGAGUGUGCGUGGUCAAGCACACGGGAUUUUUUAGUUCUGAAUCUUGCUUGCUGACUUCUUUGUGCAUAUUGGUGGCAGGGCUGGGGGUGUGGGAGCAGGCAUGAAAAGCAGAUGGCUACAAAGAUUUUUUCCCCCCAAAACAUUCUGAACAGAUGAAUUUAGGACACUGACUCCUGCUUGGAAAUCUUGCAUAGCUCUCAUAUGCAUUGGCUACCAGGAAUCUUGAGGUGAGGAGAAGGAGUCGUGCUGCUUUAACACGCUGUGUCUGGGGAGCCUCCCUGGAGGCUGCUCUCUUGGGUCCCAGACUGUGGGUGUUUCAGCUGCAGAAAGUUUUGAGAAUUGUUUGUCCCUUCACAUGAGCACUAAUAAUUUAGAAGCCAAAACAUACAAUGAGUGAAGUGUGUUCUGCACGAUAAGGUAAGAACUGACCAGGUGAGCCCCAGGGGAGCUGUGCUGGUUGGGGGACAGUAUGAGUGCUGUGCCAAAGGGAUGGCUGUGGAAAGGGGAAGGACACUCGAAGACUGUCUUUAGGAUCAAGGAGGAACAAUGAAAGCAGUGUCACCAGAGCAAGCAGGGUUCCAUAUUCCACCCUCAUGGAUGCACUGGGAGAGCUGCACACACAUGUGCAAUCUUGGCACUGUCAGGUGUCAAACCUGCCCUGCCCAUGUCCUCCCAGCACUCUGGGGGUUAGAGGAGUCUCCUGCUGCCCAGGUUGCCUUGUCAGCUCCUUGAGAGGAGUCAGGCUGAGACCUCUGCUGCUGUAGCACAAACCUGAAGAACACCUUGGCCUGCAGUUACAAAUCUGUGCAUGUCACCUGCUGCAGCUCCCUUUGGCCGUUGCUGGUGGUGAAGGCUGGUGGAUGUUUGCUGUGACCCUCAGAGGAGAGAAGCAGGAUGCCAGACUGCUGAGUUGCCAUCUUGGGAGUUUGUUUUGCCUGAGUGAGCAGUGGGGAAGAUUCCAAGGCUUGCGGUGUAGAUGAAAACUCCCUUCUGUGAAGGGGAACCAAUCGAGUACCAUACUGUUAAAGUAAAUGUUAAAGUCUGAGCAAAUGCAGUAAUCACGGCUUGGGGUUUUUCUGUUAAGAACAUUAACUUAUUAUAAGAGACGUUAGUGACUUUUUUCAGUCAGUGAUAAAGUUUAAUAAAUUAUCUCCAAUUUUUGGGGUGAAACUGUG